AUGGCGCUUGUUUCCCUGAGCACGAGAACAGCACUCCAGAGACAAUUUGAGGUGCUUGCCGACUUGCUAUUCCCAGUUGACAAUAAUCUUGGGGAGGUUCUCAAGGAUCUAGGGCGUCAGUUCGAAGACAAUGCCAAAGCGACCAUUCUAUAUUUGAAUAGAGCUCUCAAAGACGUACCUCAAUACUUUUACCGUCGUCACGAUCUCAAGGAAGACGAAAUAUCACGAUUGGUGGAACUUCUGAAAUCAUUUGAGCGUGGGGAGGAUAAAGUCAAGGAAAUCACGCAGUCUUUUGAGAAAUAUUCGGCAAACCCAAGCGUAUUUUGGACGUCGUUCUCUAGUCCGCAUGCGGGUAAUAGCAUCCAACAGACGGUCAGCGCUAUAGAGCAUCAUUCUUCUUCGUCGCCGUUGGCUCGUCGACUGCUAUACAGACGUCUGGCGGCACAGAUAGAGUCAAAAGCUCAAGAACUUGAGAAACAGGGACAUGUAUUAAGACGUGGUAUGUCGUAUCGGGAUUUGGCAUUGCGACUGAGUGUUGGUCAGGACUGGAAGAAACACACGUCCAAGCUGCGAGAGGGAGAACGAUGGUCUUGUCUGGAUGCUGGUAUGCUAGCUGCGAUCAAGGGUACAAGCUGGAAAAGUUGGGCCCGUACGAGCAAGGAUGGCAUCCGUGCUAUUAAUGAGUAUCUCAAAAACGAUCCAGUGACAUCUACUUAUCAAGUUAUGUCGGCGACUUUACAGGCAAUCCAAGAUUGCUUCGGCCCUCCCGUACAUACUUGGAUUACACCUAUGCCUUCUCUGACUCGCCCAAGUUCUCAGGAAUCGGUUACCAUGAUUCCCCCAGUAUCCCCAUAUACCCCAACCGGAGAUCAUCGAGACGCGCGAACAAAAAGGCGGCGUCUUUGCCGGGAAUCGGAUGGGGAUCCACGCAAUGGCCAUAGGACGCGCAGUUCCAAGCGUCGCAUUGAAUUCGGACGCCGACGAGAUAGGGAGGAAGGCGUCGGGACCCUCGAAAUCCACUCCUUCCAGCCCAGGGAGCGCACUUCUGCCGACAUACCACCCCAGCAGGAGGGUCCCCUUAAUCCCUCGUGUGGCAUAGAGGUCGCUUCGCAGGAGUCUCGCCCUAUACAGCAAAUCGACAGCACCAGUUUCUUACCGCAAAUGGCGGAGCAAACAGCGGUACAAAGGGGCGGAGUUCAACGUUCCCUUCUGCCGGGAGCAGAGCAGGGCUCCAUAGGUAAUGAAAUAGCAAUCACUCCCCUUCAUUCGCAGGGUUUCUCCGACCGAGAUCUUAUGAAUCAGCAGCCAUUUCCCAACUCUGACCCGUGCUGGACUUUCCCAAACUUUGACUCUGGGUGGACGCAUGAUACCUUGCUAGUUCCGUUUUCCAACUCAGAUCCGAACUUCUUCUAUAGUUAUUGA